CGUCACUGCUGGAGCAAGUGCAGCGGCCACAUCCUUGUCUUCGCCGGGGGCCACAGGGCACUGAGGGCAGCCCCGGGACCAGCCGCGAGUGACCAGCCACCCUGCUUUCUGAGCCCCCAUCCACGACACCCCGGUAACAGCAGCUCCAGGGAGACAGACCCGCCAUCCCAGAUUUGCUGAGGCUGCCAGGACGGGUGAGACCUCUGGAGACCAUCACCAAGAAAGGGGAAGUGCAUCUUUAUACCCUCCUUGGUGCAGCCUUGCCCAGACUCGGGACCCAAGAGCCAGCUGGCAGACACCACCUCUGUUUCACUGUGCGUAAGUCCCUGGGAAUUCCCAAGAGCCUUCUCGGGGUAGGUUACAGAGAGCUGGACACCGCAGCCCUGUGGGCAGGGCCAGGGGCAUCCUCCGCUAGAGGGACAAAUCAGGCCCUUGAGGCCUCCCUCUUACUGAGCCUUUGGGAAGGGAUCGCGGCAUCCUGGAUAAUUUUGUGCAUCCCCGAGGCAGCUCAAGUGUGCACAAGCAGGCAUACUGCUGCCUCCGGGAGCUGGGCAAGAUGCUCUUCGGGGUCAAGGACAUUGCUCUGUUGGAGCACGGGUGCAAGGCGCUCGAGGUGGACAGUUACAAGUCCCUGAUGAUCCUGGGAAUACCGGAAGACUGCAACCAUGAGGAGUUCGAAGAGAUCAUACGGGUCCCUCUGAAGCCUCUGGGCAAGUUCGAAGUGGCCGGGAAGGCCUUUCUGGAAGAAGACAGAUCCAAGGCAGCCAUCAUCAGGCUGGAGGAAGACAUCAAUUACACCGUGAUCCCCAGGGAGUUCAAGGGCAAGGGCGGCAUGUGGAGAGUGGUCUACAUGCCCCGGAAGCAGGACAUUGAAUUCCUGACCAAGCUGAACCUCUUCCUGCAAAGCGAGGGCAGGACGGUGGAGGACGUGGCCCGGGUCCUGAGGCAGGAGCUAUGCCCAACAGUGCCGGGCCCCCGAGAGCUUCCUGCCAGAAAGUGCCGGGCACCCGGGCCCGGGGAGAAGCUGGGGGCCGGGGCCCCUGCGGGCGCUGACGGGGCACCAGCUCUGGACUCCGUGGAGAAGCAGAGCAAGGCUGGAGAUGACAAGAGAGGCAAGCGAAAACACAAGAAAAGCCGACGGCGGCACCAUGCAUCUGACAAGAAGCUGUGAGGAUGGACUUUGAAGGUAACUCUCAUCCAGAGUGGGCCACCAAGUUUUGCAGAAACCAUGCCUGACCAAGUGAGUUGCCUGCUUGUCACACCUGAGGAGCCCAGCAUUCUGUGUUUGACUCUGUCAAAGGCUAUCGCUGUCCUGUACACACUUGGUCUCCUUUAUAAGGGAUGGUCACACACGGGACCCUUCUGCUCCGAUUGGCCCCAGGGGUUAGGAUAUGGGUCUCCCCAAAUUCCAUUCCGGAAGCUCCGACUUAGGCACAGGGGCCACCCCACUCUAAAGAACAAAAGGCAAGACUUUCAGGAAAUGGUCCAAAAGGAGGUAAAUAAUUAGGAGGUCACCCUCAAGAGUUACCCAUUAACAACAUUAACUUGGAGUCCCCCGUGAUGGUGAAGAACAACAAAAACAAACAAA